AUGUUUUAAAAAACUAAUUAAGUGUCUCCAAUCAGAACAUAAUCCCCAAUAAUUGCUCAUAAACAUUCAAAUCCAAAUAAUUCUACAUCAGUUUAAUAACAUUAAGCAUAAUCUUAUUAUACAUCAUCUAAAACUACACCUAUGAAAAUGUAAGAAUAAAAAUUUGAAAUCAUUUAAUAAGGGGCAACAAUACCAACUUAAACUUAAUAAUCACCAGAAAAAAUUAAAAUUUUCAAUCAUGAUUUUGAAUUAUAAGUUUUAAGAAAUGAAAUUACAUUCAAAGAAUAAAAAAUUACUUCUUUAGAAAAAGCAUUAGAUUUAGCAAAUGAAGAUAGAAUACGAUUACGCUCUAUUUUAGAAUAAAAAUCAAUUUUAUGUGUAAAUAAAGAGAGGGAAAUAGCAAAAUUAUUGGCUACUAUUCAUUAAUUAGAAUUUAAGAGAAAUGAAAAUUAAAUAAUUAAAGAACUUUAAACUUAAAUCGAUACUUUAAAAUAAUUUAUAUAAGAAAAUGCUUUAAAUAGAUAAAAUAUUAAAUUAGAAGAUACUACAAAUCUCAAAAAUAAAUUAAAUACUAUAUAAGAUUAACUUGCAUAAUCAAUAAAAUAAAAUGAAUCACUUUAACAAUAUGUAAGUGAUCUUAUGAAACAAAAUAAAGAAUUAUCUUAAAAAUAUUAGGAGAAAUAUUUGGAAUGUCAAUAACUUUAAAUGUAAUUCAAUCAAACAUCAAAUUAUCAAUCUGAAAUAAAAGAAAAUGAAUAAAAUGACAUUCAAAAAAAUACAUUUAAUUACAAUUCUUUUCAAAAAUAAUAAAAUUAGUUUGAUUAACAGAAUGAAAUUUAAAAAUUUCUAUCUUAAAUUAAAUAAUAAUAUUUAGAAGAAUCACCAAAAAGAGACAUUGAUGAUUAGGAAUAAAUUAAUGUUUAUCGACCAAUUUACAGUUUUUAAUCAACAGAAGAUAUUAAUAAAACAGAUAGAUUAAAUAAGUGA